CCGAUUUCUCACUGGUACUUGACAGAGAGAGAAAAAACACUUGUACAGAAACUGCAAACAUUCAUCUGAGAGACUGUAAUGCAAGAGGUUGAAGGAUACAGAGCUCUGUUCAAUUCUGGAGAAUCACUAACGGCAAGUUGACAAGAUACCACCAAUCACAACGGAAGUAACUUACAUUUUGGCGGGAGACUACCGCUGAGGGUCCCAAUGGAUGAUGAGGAGGAGGACAUGUCUCUUCCUGCCUCACAGUGCUGGGGCAUCCGCUUCAGGGACAUCAAGUUCCACACCAGGGACAGCAGAGGGUCCAGAGACACCAGGGACAGAGGGGACACCCGGGACAGGUCUACACAGAUGUCGACCGGACCCAAUGCCAUGGUCCCACGGUCAGAAGGACACAACAUCAUGGUUCCACAAGGCCACAACAACACUUUGCCCUGUGGGGUGCAGGACAAUCACCAGGCCAGAAUGUUGCUCCAUGGCAACUCUGGAUUCUGUUUGCACUACCCAGCUCGGUUUGAGCCUGUGGACGAUCAGGGAGAGAGGCAGAACGGCGAGGGGGAGCGUAGGAGAGAGGACGAUGAUGAUGAGGAGGAGAGGAGGAGAAUGGAGGAGAGACUAGAUGAAGAGCGGGUGGAGGAUAGCACCGAGGAUAGCACGGAGGUCAGGGUCGGACGUAAGCUCCGGGAGAUCGGAGACCAGUUCCACCAGGAACAUGUUCAACUGUUCCUGCGCCAUCAGAGGGAUGUCCUGCCAGUCUGGAUGCGUCUUACAAUGACCCUCUAUGGCUUCCUGUUUAACAGAGGGCCCCCCGCCAUACCCCGUCUGAGAGGGCAGGAGAGAUGAGGGAGUACCUCGCAAAAACCCCUCCACCCGUCUCAGAAGGCCUCUCCCGGCCUCAUUUUGUCCCCCCCGUCCCCCCGACCAAAACGAGGGACCAGACUUUUAGAUGGCACUGUAUGAUGGAACACGGGUUUGGAUUCCUUUCUGGGGUUUUUCUGGGUUUUUUUUAAAUCAAAGAUGAAUUAGAGAAGAACUGGUCACUGCUGGAUGGAGACUAGAAUCAUCUCUCUCUCUCUCUGUGUGUCUCUCUCUCUCUCUCUCUCUCUCUGUGUGUGUCUCUCUCUCUCUCUCUCUCUCUCUCUCUCUCUCUCUCUCUCUCUCUCUCUCUCUCUCUCUCUCUCUCUCUCUCUCUCUCUCUCUCUCUCUCUCUCUCUCUCUCUCUCUCUCUCUCUCUCUCUCUCUCAGCCAUGCUGUUAGAAGACAGAGAUAUUUUCUAAAAUAAUUGUAAAAUAUAAAACCUUUUUUUUUAUAUAUAUAUAGAUAAGAGGUCCCUUCAAGAGAAGACUUUCUGGACACUUUAUGGUCUUCUGUGUGAACGUCUACUCACCCACCCUACCACGAACUUGACAAACUUCCAAUGUAUUUUCUGAACUGGCAAAACUCCAUGUAACUCGAUGUUUCACACUGGUCUAUAUUUUAAAAAUGGUUGUGAUUUAAUGACUCUGGUGGUGGGGUCGUCAAGACGAGCGCUGUCUGCAAACGUGACUUGUCGAUCUCUGGUGGUGGGGUCGUCAAGACGAGCGCUGUCUGCAAACGUGACUUGUCGAUCUCUGGUGUAGAUUGAGCUACGGUGUCUUAUCCUAUGUCUUUCAAUGGUGCAAUCCACCAGCAAUUCAGUCUGAAGUGGUUUUAAGAUUCAGUCUGAAUGAGAUAAAGAUUCAGUCUGAAUGAGAAGAAGAUUCAGUCUGAAUGAGAGGAAGAUUCAGUCUGAAUGAGAGGAAGAUUCAAUCUGAAUGAGAUAAAGAUUCAGUCUGAAUGAGAGGAAGAUUCAAUCUGAAUGAGAGGAAGAUUCAGACUGAAUGAGAUAAAAAUUCAGUCAUAAUGAGAUAAAGCUUCAGUCUGAAUGAGAGGAAGAUUCAGUAUGAAUGAGAUGAAUGACAGGUCUGGUUUUUUUUUAUCAACAGGAUGAAUGCAUGUAUAAAUUUGACUUAUGUGUUCUUAAAGAUCCUAAGGUAUAGGUCUGUCAAAGUUGAGGACAACUUUUGAUAAACUCUGACAGAGAAAAUAUAGGAUUUUUUUCAAGAUUUCUUUAUCUUGGCAGGAUUGACAAUCACAAACAACAGACCCUGUGACGAUACAAGUGGUAGUCUCUGUGGGUCUGCUGGAGGUAUAGAAGACAAAGACAAAUGCUGUACAAUCAACGAUUGGCGCAAUACUGUACAGAUGAACCAGUUUGGAAGGCACUAAAGAAACCUUAGGAAUCUAACUGCAGUUACAGUCCAAUUUGCGUGCAUGGGACAACGUACUGUAUAGCUAAUAACACAAUCAAUCAAUGAUGUUUUUAAUGAAGGCUCUCUUCAGAUGUGUUGACGUCACUCAGUUCAAUUGAAAUAGAUGUGACCUCUUUAUAACUCUUUAUCAUAGCCGGAAUCCUUUUGGCAUCAACAAUUGAAAUGGUUUCACGAAAUACACAAUGAAAAUGUAUUCCUGUGUUGGUAUGAAUGAAUGUGCACAGCGCUCUCAACCAGCUGUGUGGGUACUUAUUUUUUAAUCCAGAAAAGUUUUUUUAUUUUUUUUUAUUUAACAAUGCACACUGACACCGUGCUACCAUUGGUCUUUACUGGGGGGGGGGGGGCUCAGUUCUUGUGAGUCCUCACCUCCACCACGUCUACUCCUAAGGACAAGAUCUGAGGAUUUCAGAAAGUCCCAUAGAAUCCAAUUUGUAUCGGCGUUACGAUUUAGUGCAGCAUUUUCAAUAUGAAACCAACGACCACUGCUUUUUCAGCGGGCGUUUUUUUGUUGUUAUUUGAGUACAUUUUUUAAAGUGGUUUUAAAAAUUAUAUCAACAGAAGACAGGAUUUUGAAUCUAAUGUAAAAAAAAAAAAAAAAAAAAAAAGAAAAAAUUAUAAUAUGAAAGUAAUUAAUGAAGACAUUGAUGGGUUAAACUUUUAUUUUUAUUUAUUUUAUGUUCUUGUCUUUUUCAGGGAGUAGUUGCCGAGUCAUUCAAGGCCUUCCUUAAUGAGUGUUUCUAUUCUACUUUAACAUCGUGCGCAUAUGCAAAUUCCUAAUGAGAAUUACAAGCGUUUUGCAUUGCGUUGUACUGUUGGUUACGGAACAUCCUCUUCCCACAUGACGUCACCUGAUCAACAGACUAUUGUUUCUGUUCCUGUACGUUCCAAAUGACUCCUUGUUCCCUACGUAUAUAGUGCUCCACUUUUUUUAACCAGAGCCCAUAGAGAAGAGUGAAUGAUUUGGGAUGCACCCCAUGUUCUUUGAUGGUUAUCUGUGAUGUCAUUGACAGAAGGUUAAAAUGUCCGAUUUCACCACAGACACUGUUCCCGUUUUGACAUUUCACAAUACAUUUGAAUAUUUAAAACACCUCGAAACAAAGCAAGAUGACAAGACCAGGGAAAGAGAAAGUUGUGCCCUUUGGCGCAGAAAGAGAAACCUCUUUCGAGAGCGCGUAGAGCCAAAAAAGUUUCCUGCGAACCACUGAACACUGAGCCAGUCGAAGUAGUAUCGCUCUCAGCCAUCUCUCUCGCUCUUUCUCUCUCGGCCAUCUCUCUCAGCCACCUCUCUCAGCCCUCUCUCUCAGCCAUCUCUCUCUCUCAGCCAUCUCUCUCGCUCUCUCUCUCAGCCAUCUCUCUCGCUCUUUCUCUCUCAGCCAUCUCUCUCAGCCCUCUCUCUCUCUCAGCCACCUCUCUCAGCCAUCUCUCUCUCUCAGCCACCUCUCUCAGUAAUACACUCUGUAGGGAACAGGGUGCCAUUUUGUGUGUAAGCUGGGCCUGUGGGUCGAGAGGACAGACGGACUAAUAGCCAUGUGUCUCCUCUCACUUAAGCUGUGUGUUUGUGUGUGUGUGUGUGUGUGUGUGUGUAACACCAACGAACAGACAAUCAAAUGUGCUAAAUGUGCCUUGUGUGAGUUAGACCAGCCAUUAUCCAUCACAAAAGUCUGGUCGUGGUUAUCUAUAGAUGGUGUUCACAGCUCUCCUAGUUCAGUCUGGUCGUGGUUAUCUAUAGAUGGUGUUCACAGCUCUCCUAGUUCAGUCUGGUCGUGGUUAUCUAUAGAUGGUGUUCACAGCUCCCCUAGUUCAGUCUGGUCGUGGUUAUCUAUAGAUGGUGUUCACAGCUCUCCUAGUUCAGUCUGGUCGUGGUUAUCUAUAGAUGGUGUUCA